ACAAUACCCUAAUUCCACAACGCUCUACUCUCAUAUCUAUUGCUUCUAUAUACCAAACCCUAAGCCUACUUCUCUUCUUUGUUACCUUGAUUAUAUAUCAUCUGGUCAUCAUAAUGGAAACUCCCACAUUGUUGUUUCUCUUGCUAAUAGCCAUGGCUGCUGCAUUGGUGCAAGGCCAAGGCACUAGGGUUGGCUUCUAUUCCCGUACAUGUCCUCAAGCUGAAUCCAUUGUUCAGAAAACUGUCAAUUCCCAUUUCCAGUCCAAUCCAGCCAUUGCCCCUGGCUUGCUUCGCAUGCACUUCCAUGACUGCUUUGUCCAGGGUUGCGAUGCUUCCAUCCUCAUCGAUGGGUCGUCCACCGAGAAAACGGCUGGGCCGAAUCGUCUGUUGAGAGGAUAUGAUGUUAUUGACGAUGCCAAGACACAGCUCGAAGCCGCUUGCCCUGGAGUGGUCUCUUGCGCUGAUAUUCUUGCCCUCGCUGCCCGCGACUCUGUGGUUCUGACUAAAGGACUAGUGUGGAAAGUGCCUACGGGACGUAGAGACGGGCGAGUUUCAUUGGCAUCUAAUGUUAACAAUUUGCCUGGCCCUCGCGACUCUGUUGAAGUCCAAAAGAAAAAGUUUGCUGACAAGGGUCUCAAUGAUCAAGAUCUGGUUACUCUUGUUGGAGGACACACCAUUGGAACUGCAGCAUGCCAAGCCUUCAGAUACAGACUAUACAACUUCAGUACCACGACUGCAAAUGGUGCUGACCCUUCCAUGGAUGCCACAUUCGUAACUCAGCUACAAGCCCUCUGUCCAGCUAAUGGAGAUGCGAGCAGACGGGUUGCACUGGACACUGGUAGCUCAAACACAUUUGACGCAUCAUACUUUACAAACUUGAAGAAUGGACGAGGAGUACUGGAAUCUGAUCAGAGGUUAUGGACAGAUGCUUCCACCAAAACUUUUGUUCAGCGCUUCCUGGGGGUUAGAGGGCUGCUUGGAUUGAAUUUCAACCUUGAGUUUGGAAGGUCCAUGGUGAAGAUGAGCAACAUUGGGGUGAAGACUGGGACUCAGGGUGAAAUUCGCAAAGUGUGCUCUGCAAUUAACUGAUGAGAGUUUUCCACUAUGAAGUAGUGAAUUGAUCAUGUACCCUUUGAUUAUUAAUUUACCUAAGUGAAGUAAAGAACCGUUACUAUUCCGUAACUUCUCACAUGCACUGUGAAUCUGUGAUAAUGAUUAAGCUUACACCCGAAAGCAAAGUGUGAAUGGAAAUAUUGAUGCAUGGUUGAAUGUAUGGUGGUCUUUUGACAUCAUCAUAAUUGAAUUAUUUGAAUAUAUAGAUGCUCCCUUUUUCCCUUUUUA